AUGUCGGCCGACCUCUUCAAUGAGUUCGCCCAACCGAAGCCAUCACAGCGACCCUCACCUCAGAACUCUCACCCAUCUUUCACCGCCGAACCCUUCUCCUUCUCACCAACCACUUCCGCGAGCCAGCCGAUUCAACAUAUCGAUCCCUUCUUCUCUGCGAGCCUCGCGCCGGUGAAAUCAGAGGGCCAGCAGAGCCAGCAGCCAUGGCCGGCCUUGCAACAAACCACCAAUCCCGACCCAUGGGGAAGCCUCACGGAGUCAUUCCCAGCUGGUAUCAGCUCUCAGAAUAAAGUCAACAAUGACGACGAUGAUGACGAUGGCUGGGGCGACUUCGAAUCCGCGGACAACUCGUCGAAGCCUACGCCGCAACCACUUAACGCCGCGCCCCAGACUCUCACCGCGUCUUACAGCUCACGGAAGCCUCUGCAACACCCAGCAAUCGGGAGAACGAGGAUAGUCAGAGCUCCAACGAUAGAGUUGAUGACCAACAGUCUUAUCGAUAUCCCUGGUUUGAAUAAUUUGCCUGACGAGGUGAGAUCCCCACCCUGGAUGCGAACCUCGUUUGAGCAGCAAAAGAAGCAGGCGCCCAAAGUGACCCCCCCAAAGCCGCCGUUCAAAUCAUCAACUCCCGAUCCAAAUGUCUUAUUCGACGCCGAUGAUUUUGCUGGCAAGGCUGAUAACGAGGAUGAGGGUGAUGAUUUCGGAGAUUUCGAGAUAGUCGCUUCGCCAGCCGGAACAACUGCAGGCUUUGUUACGAAUGAGUUCGGCCCGCCGGCGAAAGCGAAGAGAAAUCCGCCGCAAUUGCUAUCCGCUUUGAAUCUGAAUGGACCGGUAUCUCCGUAUCCCCAGGCGCCAAAGUCCCCCUCAUUCCAUGAUCGAAACCCAUUCCCUGGGCUUGGUGUCAAAACGCCGACCGAGCUCGUCAGGCCAGCCGACAACCCCCAAACGUCACCCAUUACAGCUUGGCCGACUCUGGACAACAGGGGCUCAGCCGGUAGCACCGGGGCUGGCGACGACUGGGGAGCCUUUGAUGACUUUCUGGAUGACCCAAGGCCAUCCAAAGAUUGCAGGGACAGUAAAGACGCGGACGGUAAUUGGGAUUGGGACGCAGACGAUAUCAAGUCACCAGAAUCGGCCAAAUCUCGACCCUCAAAAACUGCUGCAAGAUCACCUCCCACGAAUAUUCCGCCACCAUCCAUCCUACUGUCCAUAUUCCCACAGCUUAUCGGGGAGGCAAAUACGUUUCUUUACAAACCUGUUGGCGGGCAAGCAUUUCCCAUCAAGAAUCGUAUCCUCUCAGACCCAAAGACCAUUGAGUACCUCCGAGGCUAUCUACUGUUGGCAACUGUCGCUGCCCGUAUAAUUGCUGGACGCAAGCUACGAUGGCAUCGCGACAAGUUCCUUUCUCAAAGCAUGUCCAUAUCAGCUGCAGGGUCAAAAGGCAUGAAACUAGCAGGGAUUGACAAAACGCAAGCAGCUCGCGAAGAUCGAGAGGCGGCUGACAUCAUGGACAUUUGGAAAGAAAACAUCGGCCGGCUACGCUCUUCGAUAGCAGCGGCUAAUACCUCCACGAAGAAUACCGCGCCGCAGUUGAAAAUCCCAGGGCUUCAAGAGAACAUGCCGAUCCAAACAGCCAAGGCAGUGCCAACGGCCCCGAAAGCUUGCUUCAUCUGUGGUUUGAAGCGGGAUGAGCGGGUCUUGCACGUCGACCACGAAGUCGAGGAUAGUUUUGGCGAAUGGUGGAGUGAUCAUUGGGGCCAUACAACCUGCAAAAGAUUCUGGCUGGAGCAUGAAGUCGCUUUGCGUCAACGAUGA